UGCACAUUUUUUACUUCUGUAGUUCUGUAUCUGUUGAACAUUUUAAUUUUAAAUUUAAGUCCUUGUUCUGAAUGUCAAGCCCGAAUCGAAACGUCCGGUGUUAUUGCACUACACUCAAUUCGCAACAGUUUUUCACAAUUUAAUUAUCGUUGACACAAAAGUUAGGAUGGGAAAAGUACGUAGAUACAAGAAGAAAUUAGCCAAAGCCGCAGAAGGGACGACGAAUGACGGCGAUGGAAAUGAACAAACAAAUUAUUUGUCAUUGGCCGAAGAGCUAAUGAAAAUGAAAAAAGACGACGACAAGAUGAGCGUCUGUUCCGUGAUGAAAAGUGUCAAAUCUUGUGGUGGCGGUGAAUCUUUGAAAUUAAAAAAAGAUGCAAAGCGGUGCUUAAAACAUGCAUUCCUUAUAAAAAAGCUUGGAGUGACACAGAAAAAAUUAAAAAAGAUGAAGAAAAAGUCUAAUAAUGACGAUGACAGCGACGAUGACGAUAAUGACGAUAAUGACGAUGAUGUUGAAAUGAGCAAUCAAAAAGUACUAGAUUGGCCUGUAGGAAACACAAAUAAUAGCGAUACAAAAAUUGCUCCUGUUAAGAAACAUAGAAAAGGAUUCCAAAAAAAACAAAACGCCCAAUUAGCUAAAGACUUGACGUUGUUUUCCAAAAAAAUUAAAAAGCAAAUGAAGCACCCUGACCAAAGUAUCUUCAAAACAUAAAUAAUUAAUUUUUUCAACUAGGUACAUUUUUAAUAUUUGUAUUAAAAUUUAAAAUAUAUUUUUAGUUUAUAAAA